AUGAAAGUUUCCACAUUCAUCUCCCUCAAUAUUCUGGCAGCAGGAAGCGCCUUUGUUCCUCCCGCCCAACCUACUGUAAAAGCUGCCUCCAAAUUGGAAAUCAAUCAAAGCCCACUGAAUGCUGAUCGGCAAGCAAGAACUGAAGCAGAAGGGUCGUUCCAAUCAUCAUCAUCAUCAUCAUCAUCUUUCGCCUUGGAUGGACUUGACCACAAUCACCAUGUAAACCGCCGCUCCGCCAUUGCUGGAUCCAUGGGAAUGAUGCUCCUUGCACCGACGGCUGUAUCCAUUCUCGCGGGUAAUGCUCCAGUCGCAAAUGCAGCAGCAACAACCAAUACGAAUGCGAUCCCAACCUGGACGUUAGACAACAAUGUCCAAAUGCCCAAAUUGGCAUUGAAUACGGUUGGUCUUUCUAUGGCGGAAACGGAACAGGCGGUUCAAUUGGCCGUCGCCGAGGGCAUCACACAUAUCGAUUUCCAUCCGGGAAAGGAACGAGAUGGAGUGGCCCAAUAUUUGGCCAAACAACAACAACAACAACAACAAGGUGGCUCAUCUCGUCCCAAAUUGUUUUUGAAUACCAAGAUUCGCAAGGCUCCCCCCGGCACCUCGGCCAAGGAUGCGGCCGAGCGAACUAGGAAUCAAAUCGACGAAGAUAUGAAGGCUUUGAACGUGACGAGUGUGGACAUGCUCAUGCUUCGUGACAGUCCCGAUUGCGACGUCAUGCAAGCUCAAUGGGCCGUGUUGGAAGAAGCUCUGGUCAGUGGCAAGACACGGUCCAUUGGAGUCAUCAACUUUUGCGAAAAGGCAUUGACUUGUAUAUUGCAAACGGCCAAGGUCAAGCCAGCCUUGGACUAUUACAUGUUGCAUGUUGGCAUGGGACGUGACCCUCUUGGAUUGCGAUCCUUUUGCGAUUCCAAAGGCAUUCGAACCUUUGCCUAUGGCGCCUUGGGCGAACCGGGACCCAAUGACGAAAUUUUGAAGAGCCCACUUUUGACCAAGAUUGGCAGGGCCCACAACAACAAAUCGCCCGAAGAAGUGGCACUCCGGUGGGUAUUGCAAACGGGAGCCGCGGCAUCGGUGCGUCCCAGUACCACCUUUGGACUCGGAAUGGGGGCCUGCGUCGAGCCCGAUUGUGGAAAUGGAAUUGCCAAACGAGCCAAGAGUUAUUCCUGGUCGUUGACGGACCAGGAAAUGGCCGAGCUAGAUGCCAUGACAUCGCCCAACGAUAACCCAACUCUCUUUUCAACGUCUGGAUGUCCCAAUGCCUUUGUCAUGCCAAAGUAG